AUUGAAGCAACAAAUUAAAACAGAGUUGUGUCCGCAAAGAGCCCGCAAAUUAACCAACAUUAAAAAAGGAAAUUGAAAAAGAAAAAAUAAAGAGAAUUCUAGAAAGAACUUCCAUUUCUGGAACACACACCUAGCUACUCUUUUCCAACACUAAAAUCGAAAAACUCGCAGAGAAUCACACAAAUCAGAAGCACCGCAUCAAAACUUGUAUAACAACAAUGGCGUCGGCAGCAAAAUCACUAAUCCAAACUCUAAAACGCUAUUUAAAGAAGCCAUGGGAAAUAACAGGACCACAAUCAAGCCCAGAAUAUGUAUCCGCUUUACCAAAAGCUACAGAGUACAGAGUUUUCUCCCCUGCUACUGCACAAGCUAAAGCUAUAAUUCCUACGUCAAAUCAUGAGACAGUGUAUGAUAUUCAGUAUUACUCUCGUGAUCAGAGGCGUAAUCGUCCUCCUAUAAGUCGGAUUGUUCUUAAAAAAGGUGAUGUUGAGAAGAUGAUGAAAGAGAAGACGUUUGAUGUUGAUGAUUUUCCCAAGCCGUACUUGACUGCUAAAGUUGAAGAGGAUGACAAUGCAAUUGGUGGUGGCUACCAGAAAUGAAGUUUCAGAAUCAACCAAAAAAAUAUCAAUGGAAGAUGAAACAGAGAGUGAACACAAAUCGAGGCAGUCGAUCGACUAAGCAAGCAACAAUAACAACAAAACUAGUGAGGGAAGCAAUUGAUCAAACGGGUAAAGAGCAAAUCAACAAGGCUCGAGCAGUAGAUAUAAUUGAGUUAAAAGGAAUCCAAAAAAACUGCAAUCAGAGAAUUGAUGGUGGAAGCAAUGAAUCCUACAAUAGUAGCAAGAAAUAACCACAGCAAAAACCAGAGAAAUCCUUCAAUUGAGGUGGAAAUGUGGAAUUCAUGAAGCUGUGCUCUGAUACCAUGUCGAGAAUGAUGAUUGAGGACUGUUAAGCUCUGCAAACUCCAUUUGAGUUACUGGAAUCUAUCACAUAAACACUAAUUCAUGGAGAGAAAAGGGGAAUCUCAGAGAGAGUUGGAGCAAUGUGAAUAGACAUUCUCUUAUCAAAAGAGAGAGGAAUGGAAAAAUUGUGUAUACAAAUCCCUUACACUCUUAUAUACUGGUGUAGCUAAAAGUAUCUAUUCAUGCCUGCUUAGUGACAGCAAGCAUUUUAACUAACUCUUGUAACUGAAUUCUAACAUAAAUAAAAGGAAUAAAAAAUAUCUGCCAACUAACUUCUAGCUACUUAUCUAUACUUGCAGCCAUAAUUUAACUACUUUUAACUGUCAUAGUUCAACAUAGUCUUAGAUUGGUAAUGCAUGGUUGGCUUUGAUAAGGAGUGGAGACCCAUACAUUAUAUCGAAUGAUAUUCUGAGUGGAAGAGAAAAGCUAGGUUCUAUAUCAUAUCCUUUGUUGAAGGAUGAAUCAAGUUUGCCAAUAUAAGGAACCUGUUUCAGAUUUAAUCUUUAAACUACAAAAGAAUUUUGAAGAAAGAAUUUGGUGAGCUCCUACAGGGGAAGUCUAUCAGGUAAGAAUGUACAAACAAUUAUAGCGAAAAGUGAAAAACUAAAAAUGUUAAGAGGAAACAAAUGCAAUUAUUGUGAAACACUAACAAGUUAUAGUUAAAAAGGGGAAGUUCUUAGAUCAAUAGAGAUAACUAGCUGAAUAUAUCUCAAAUCUUAUAUGCAUCACAUUGCCUACAAGGUUACCAUUAUUUUAUCAUCCUUUUACAUUGCAAUCUACAACUAGGUCCCCACUUUGAUCCCCAGCCUGCACUGUAGGUAUUAAUAGUGUGCAGGUUGUAUGAUUUGGCUCGUGAGAUUGGAACAACUUUCGAUCUUUCUCUGGUUAUCCUAAGGUAGUUCCUGAAUUCAUAAUUCUACCAUUGGGGUUGUGAUGCUAAUUAGCCCGUUUCUCCAUUAGUUUGUCCUCCCCCUUAACAGUAACCCUUAUGAAUAAAAGCACCAUUAUGGGUAUAGGAAAACACAACUUUUCUACAUUAGAUGACGGCUAGUGUUAGUGACACACUGCAUUCUAAAGGAUAUUUAGACUGUGAACAAAGGAAAUCAUCUGCUUAGUGAGGAUUCCCAACGAUCAGUGAAAGAGACGUUGUUGCUGCUGACCCCCUUCAGCUAUAGAGAAGCCCAUACGUCUCCUAACUAGUAUUUACCAUUUAAAUAUUACAGGGUGAAUAGUGUUUGGAGCUAAAACGCCAUACCCUAGAUAUAUUGUAUUUUGUGAUUUUACUUUUUCACAUUACUAUUUGACUGUGCCGUAGAUGUUGUGUUUGCAAAAUCCAUAACUGGUGACCAUUUGUUACCGAUUCAGCUAAUGAGUCCUAUGACAAUAUUACUGGUUUUUCGCUUAAGUAUGUGCAAUCUGAAAAAGGGAGAACUAUGGUUGAACUUCUAACAGUGAGAGAACUUUGGGAAUUCCCAUGGGUCACAAAGGAGGUUUUUAUUUGACCAAAUUCUAUGAGGAAAGAAGACUAAUACUAGAUUUCGUAUAUCUAAAGCAGUAUACAUGAAAAAGUCAUGGUAGAUCUUUAAUCACGGUGAAAAUUUCACAUAAAAGUAGUUAAGACAUUAGUAGCAUCUAGAAUCAAUGGCUUUCGGUUCUCUUUGAGUAAGAUGAUGCUUUUAGAAGUGUCAAGCAAUCCUUAGACAUAUAAAUUUUGAACUUAACCAGAAACAUAUUGCUCAACUCCACAUAUGACAAGCCUACUAUGAUCUCAUCUGGAAAGUGCAGAAAGGACCCGUUACUUAAAUUCGGAAACAUGUAGUUAGAGGGAGAUGGCUUCACAAAAAUGGGAAAAGGCUGGAACCUUUUUUUAAGUAAAAGACAAACCAAGCUUCAUAUUGGAUCAAAAGUUAAAACUUUAGUAGAAGAGAUUAAGAGAGUGGAACUUGAAUAAUUUUUGCGGAGUGGAGCAAAGGAAGUAACAGAUCAUGAGAAAAUUAACAAUAUAAAAACUGUUGAGGAAUUGAAGAAAAUAGGAGCAAUGCAUAAGAAGAAGAAUAUAGUUACAGAGAACUUCACGUAUUUUCAUUCAUACAACUAAACAAAGUUACGUAGGACUCUUUAAAUAGGAAUAAAAAAUAACCUAACCACUUACUAAAAACAUGCCCACUUACUAAACACUAAUUAUCCACUAACCUAAAUAUUAGAAACAGAGAUAUGCUUCAACUAAACUAGGACUCCUAACAAACGUGUUACUCUGCCAACUAACUAGGAAGCACUAACGACCUUUGAAUCAAUAUUCAACACCCCCCUUGAUUCAAAAUUACAAACUCCAAAUUUCUGCCGAAAAUGAUCAUGCUUGGCUUGCGGGAGUGCCUUGGUGAAGACAUCUGCAAUUUGAUCCCUUGUACCACAGAACUUUAACUCUAUAUCACCUUUUGUUGUUAGAUCACGAAUGAAAUGAUAACGGAUGUCAAUCUGCUUUGUUCUGCUGUGAAAAACUGGAUUUUUUGUCAUUGCAAUUGUUGCCUUGUUAUCAUAGAAUAUCUUUGUUGCAACCUUUUGCCGAAAAAAAACGUCAAUCAACAAUCUUUGUAACCAUACGACCUGACAUGCUGCUGAAGUUACAGCAACAUACUGGGCUUCUGAUGAUGAUAAUGCAACCACAUCUUGUUUCUUUAAACUCCAAGAAAUUUCUCUAGAUCCUAAAUUGAAAACAUUUCCAGAAGUACUCUUUCUGUUAUCUAUACUUCCUGUCCAAUCACUAUACUAUACCCUAUCAAGCUGAAAUCUGCAACUUUAGAGUACCAAAUUCCGAAGUCAACAGUCCCAGUAAUAUAACGCAACACUCUUUUGGCAGCACCAAGAUGUUGCUUGGUAGGACAAUACAUAUACCUAGAUAACAUACUCACAGAAAAUAUGAUAUCAGGACGAGUAUGUGUUAGGUAGUUCAAACCUCCAAUCAAGCUUCUGUAAUGACUAGGAUCGGAAAGAUCUGUGUCAUCUUCAAGCUGAAACUUUUCAUUUACAUUCAUGGGUGUGGCAGCCAUUUUACAAUCAUGCAUACCAAACUUGAACGAGAGGUCCUUUGCAUAUUUCAUUUGAGAAAUAAAAAUCCUUCUCCACCUGUUUCACUUGAAGACCAAGAAAGUAUUGCAAAAUACCUAAAUCUGACAUUUCAAACUCCUUCAUCAUGCAAGAUUUAAAUUCAGCAACUAAAGUUUCAUAUGAUCCCAUAUAAAUCAUGUCAUCCACAUAGAGACAAACUACCAAAAAAUCACUCGUUCCUUGUUUCUUUACAUACAACGUAGGCUCAUUCUCACUCCUUUCAAAUCCAUACCUCAGAAAGUAGGAGUCAAUUUUGUUGUACUAUGCCCUUGGUGCUUGUUUUAGCCCGUAAAGUGCCUUCUUGAGUUUGUAAACUUUUCUCUCAUUUCCACUAAUAACAAAACCCUCAGGUUGGCAAACAUAAACUUUCUCUUCUAAAUCCCCAUUUAGGAAUGCAGAUUUAACAUCAAAUUGAUAAAUGGGCAAGCUCAAUUUAGCAGCCAAAGAUAAGAGUAUUCUAACUGUUUCAAAAUGAGCAACAGGUGAAAACGUUUCAUCGUAAUCAAUACCUUGAUGUUGUGCAUAUCCCUUAGCUACGAGCCUGGCUUUGUAUCUCUAUAUGCUCCCAUCUGUAUGACGCAUGACUUUGAACACCCAUUUGAGUCCAAUGGGUUCCUUUCCAUCUGGAAGAUUCACCAACUCCCAUGUUUGGUUCUGCUCAAUUGCUAGCAUCUCUUCUAUCAUUGCAUUUUUCCACACUUGAAUCUCUGUAGCUUCUUUGAAGCAAGUGGGUUCUGCACCAUACAAAGCAAAAGAACAAGUCUCAUAAAUCUCUCUCAACGAUUUGAAUUUCGUUGGUGGAGUCUCGCUAGAAGAGUCUGUUGAAAAGGAAAUACUGCCACUUCUUUGAGGGGUUAAGCCGUGAUCACUUACUGGAGCAGAGGUGCUUGAUUGAGGUGUAGAAAGUCUGCUACUUAUUGGAGAAGAACGGGAUAUGUUCUCUGGAAUGGAAACUGCUGCAGGUUCUUGCUCAAAAAUCUCAUCAGUAGGCGACAAUUUAAUAUUCGAAUUAACAUUCCCUGAAUCAAAGUUUCAGCUAGCAUCUUCAUUAAACAUAACAUUUCUACUUAUCAUAAUUUCACUGGAUCAUAUAGCUUAUAAGCUUUGGAUUGUGUGCUAUAUCCAACAAAGACACAUUUUUUUGAUUUUUUAUCAAGCUUUUGCCUAGCCUGUGAGUUCACUAAAGUAUAAACUAUACAUCCAAAUACACGUAAGUGGCUUACCUUGGGCUUGUUAUCUCUCCAUGCUUCAUAUGGUGUGUGAAAUGUUCAGCAUAUAGACAGCAGUAGCAACAGCUUCACCCAGAAAUACUUUGGUACACCUCUGGCUUGCAUCAUGCUUCUGCCCAUUUCAACAACUGUCCGGUUCUGUCGUUCCGCUACACCAUUCUACUCUGGUGUAUAUGAUACUGUGAGAUCUCUGUGAAUACCAUUUUCCUCACAAAAAAUGUUGAAUUCAUUUGACAUAAAUUCACCACCUCUAUAUGUUCGAAGAGUCUUGAUUCUACAACCACUUUGUUUCUCAACAAAACACUUAUAUUUCUUAAAAUUCUCAAAUAUUUCAGAUUUGAAUUUCAAGAAAUAUACACAACUCAUUCACCUAUAAUCAUCCGUAAAAAGUAGAAAAUAUCGACUUCCACCUAAGGACUCAACACUCAUAGGACCAUAUAGAUUAGUAUGCACCAGUUCAAGACAACCAGAAGCUCUCCAAGACUUGCCUACAGGAAAUGAAUUUCUAUUUUGUUUCCCAUACACACAUCCUUCACAGAAUUCAAGAGCAUCAAUUCUAGGCAAACCUAGAACCAUAUUUCGACACCUAAUAAUUGCAACCCCUUUAAAUUCAAAUGACCAUAUCUCAAAUGCCAUAAAUUAGCUUUAGUACUAUCUUUGGUAACUAAUGCAAAACUUUUAACAUCUGAAACUUCAAGAGGAAACAUUCUAUUUUGAGUCAUUUGAAUGUCAUCAAUUUUGUAUCCUGUUUUUUUUUUUUUAUCUUGAAUGCUACAAGAAUUGUCAUCAAAUAGAAUGGAGUAUCCAUAAGUUAUCAGUUGCCCAACACUCAACAAGUUAUGGGCUAGACAAGGAACAUACUCACAUCAUGGAGAAGUUUUACAGUACCAGGAGAAGUUUUUAGAGCAAUUAUACCUUCCCCUUCGACUUUCAUUGCCUUGUCAUUCCCAAGCCGUACUUCUUUCUUCUCUAAUUCAUCAAGUUCUUUGAACAAUGACCUUCUACCAGACAUGUGGUUGGAUCAACCAUUAUCAAUGAUCCAAACUUCAUUCGAACCAACAUCUACUGAGGAGUGAGCCAUGAAUAGAUUAUGCUCCUCUUGUUGUUUCUCAGUAAAAUUUGCCUGUUGUUGUUCAUCCUUCUGUUUAGUCCAGCAAUCAACUUCCUUUUGCCCCAUUUUUUUUUUAAUAGCGGCACUGAAUAUUGCUCUUAAACUGUCGGUUCUUACCACCAAAUUGAGCUCGUCCUCUGCCACGGCCUCGACCCCGGAAACUACCUCUACCUCUGCAUCCUCUGGCAUUUGAGACUUCUGAUUUGCCUUUGAAAGAAGACUCUCCCUUGAUUUGAAAUGCUUUCUCUUCACCCUUUUCUUGAGAGGCAUUCAAUCUAUCCUCAUGAGCUUGUAAGGAACUUAUCAAUUCAUCAAAACCAUAAUCAGAUAAAUUAUGGGAUUCCUCAAUGACAGCUACGACAUGAUCAAAUCUUUUAUUAAGACUUCUUAGAACUUUAGCAACUACAUUUUCAUCAGUAAUUUUGUCACCAUAUGCCUUCAUAUGAUUAACAAUUGUACUGACUCUAGAUAAGUAGUCUUGUAUAGAUUCACUACUUUUCAUGAAUGAAUUUUUGAAAUCACGGCGAAGUGAUUGGAGUUUAAUAAUCAUUACCUUUGUCGAGCCAUGGAAUUCUUCCUUCAGAAUAUCCCAUGCCUGCUUUGAGGUUACUGGAAAAAAACGAGUCGUGCAUAGCCUGCUGGAUGUAGAACAAUGCCUUAGAGUCCUUCUUUUUGUUCUCCCGCAACCUUUGUGCUUCAUCUUCCUCAGCAUAGCCAUUCUCCACUAAAUCCCACAAUUCAUGAGACUUGAACAAUGUCUUCAUCUUUAUGCUCUAGAAUUCAUAUCUAUGUCCAUUAAAGAUUGGAAUUAGUUGCUGAGAUGUGGAAGAUGCUGAAUUGGUAGCCAUUCUUUGUCCUCAAUUUUGACUUUCUUCUUGCUCUUGCCUUAUCUCCCAGUUUGACCUGACCUAACCUGGACAGAGAGGAAAAAUUAAGAGAAAGAUACUCUCUCUGCGCUCUGAUACCAAAAACUGUUGGGAAAUUGAAGAAAAUAGGAGCAAUGUAUAAGAAGAAGAAUAUAGUUACAGAGAACUUCACGCAUUUUCAUUCAUACAACUAAACAAAGUUACAUAGAACUCUUUAAAUAGGAAUAAAAAAUGACCUAACCACUUAAUGAAAACAUGCCCACUUACUAGACACUAAUUAUCCACUAACCUAAAUAUUAGCAACUAACAGAGAUAUGCUUCGACUAAACUAGGACUCCUAACAAACUUGUUACUCUGCCAACUAACUAGGAAGCACUAACGACCUUUGAAUCAAUAUUCAACAAAAUAUAAAUCAGGCUUAAAGAGGACGAGAGUUUGCACUGAAAAAUUACUAAUCAAAGGAUUUCUAGGAAGUUAUUAGUACUGAGGAAAGAUCUUGAAGGUGAAAGUUUAUUUGUCAAUAGUUGCAACAUGACAGACUAAAUAAAAAGUCAAGUCCAUCACUGAUGAUGAAGAGAAAAUCGAAAAAAGGGGACAACACCACAAUUAUUCAAAGGAUUACAAAUGUGAACAGAAUUUAAUAAACAUGGACUAUUAGCUAAAACUGUGAAGUGAUAAAGGACCUAGAAGAAAUCAAGCUGAAAACAUUGAAAUUUAACAGAAUCUUUUCAGGGCCCCUGACAUUCCCUUUUAAGUAUGAAAAUCUGUACGUCUUCAUUGAAAAAGAAAGGGAUCGGCUACAUGAACCAUUCCUGAAGGAGGAGGUAGCUAAGAUUGCUGAGUGUUAUGGAGGAGUUAAGUUUACUUAAUGCUUCACCAUGGCCCUUUUCCAAGAAUAUUGGGGAAUAAUCAUAGGAAGUGCUUGAUGCUCUUGAGUCGUUUUCAUUUUUGUUCUAUUCGAGACUUUAGAAUGCUUCCUUUACUUCUUUGACACCAAAAAUGUGGUAUAGAAGAAUUGGUGAAGGGAGCCACAUCACUGAUGAUGUUUCAAUUAUCAACAAUUGCUUGGAAAGAAUUGUGACCAGGCAAGGUUGUAAACUGGAGAUGGGAAAAGCUUUUACCACGUAAGCAUUUUCGAUAUCUUUUGGAAGACAUGGGAUGUGACAUCUCCUCAUACAAUUUUAAUUAAUGGUGAUUCUUACCUUCUCUAAAGAGAUUGAGGUAAGCAGAUCCUUGUCACCCUUUUUGAAUAUUUUGGUGAUGGAGGGACCUAAGUAAGAUGCUGGAAUUUACUUUAAGUAGGAGAUGUGAUGAUCAUUUCAGAGAUUGGACAAAGAUGGCAAUCAAGAGAACACGUCGCAAGUUUUUAAUGCUGAUUUGCUGAUGACACAUUGAUCUUUUGAGAUGUAGUGAAGACGUGACUGAAGUUUCUCAGACACAUUCUGUUUUUCUUUUUCUGGCUGCUUUUGUAUUUCAUAUAAUUUAUCAAAAAGUUUCUAUACACAGUCAAUGACGUCUAAGCAUACAGUGACCGGCAAAGAUUCUUGGUUGCUGAAUUGGUAAAUUUUCUACUGCAUUCGGAGAAGGUUUAGACAUAAAUCUAUCUCCCCAGGGAAUGGUGUGGUGAGGCUAUAGGAAAGUUUGAGAGGAAAAUUUUCUAUUUAGGAAAACAGACAAUAUUAAAAUAUUUAUGCAUGGGAGGCAGAUCAGCCUUGAUUAAUAGCGUACUUGAUAGCAUCCCUAUCUAUAUAAGGUUUGUUCAAAUACCGGCUGCAGUUGAGAGGAAGCUGGAUGAAAUUAGUAGGGACUCUCGAUGAGAAGGCAAGGGAGGAAAACAACUUUCAUUUGGUAGAAGUUCAAAGAGGUUAUUAAAGAAAGAAUAGAGGGGGAUUGCCUGCAAGAAACUUGAAUCACACUACAAGUGCACGUAGCUAGUAAAAUGUUUAUUUUUAAUGGUGAAUUUUAUCAUUUUAUUUUCAAUUAAAAGAAUAUUGAAGAUGAUAAAAACGAAGAGGUUUAAAAUUUAUAUCAAAAAAGAAAAAGAAAAAAAACUAUCUAUGUUAGACUAGAAAUAUUUUAGAACUUUAUAUUAAACAAUCCAACUUCUUACUAAUAAAUAAAGUUUUUUACAACAACACCAAAAAUGAUAUAUUGCAAACACAUGACUAACAUUUUUUUAACUUAAAGUUAAUUCUUGGUUUUAUAUUACCAUGUGAAUUCUUGGUUUUAUAUUACCAUGUGAGGUUAAGUAAAAGCUGUAUAUCAUUUAAAAAAUAAUAUAUUAAAAAUAUACAUAAAAAAACUCUAAAUUGUUAUUAUUUUAAUGUGUAUUUGUAUACACUUGCAUUUUAUUAAUUUUAUUUGAAGCUACUAAUUUUAUUGAGAUUUCUUUGGCAGGACCUUUAAAAGGCAGUGCGUGAAAA